AUCAGUGGUGGUUCUAUUGUAAGUGCUGAGGCAGUAUGGGAUCACGUCACCAUGGCCAACCGGGAGUUGGCGUUUAAAGCAGGAGACGUUAUCAAGGUCCUGGAUGCUUCCAACAAGGACUGGUGGUGGGGUCAGAUCGAUGACGAAGAAGGAUGGUUUCCCGCCAGCUUCGUGAGGCUGUGGGUAAACCAAGAAGAUGGAGUGGAGGAGGGAACCAGCGAUGUGCAGAAUGGCCAUUUGGAUCCAAGCGCCGACUGCCUCUGUCUCGGCAGGACCGUUCAGAACCGAGACCAGAUGAGAGCCAACGUCAUCAAUGAAAUCAUGAGCACGGAGCGCCACUACAUCAAGCACCUCAAGGACAUUUGCGAGGGUUACUUAAAGCAGUGCCGGAAGAGGAGGGAUAUGUUCAGUGAUGAACAGCUAAAAAUCAUCUUUGGUAACAUCGAAGAUAUCUACAGAUUUCAGAUGGGUUUUGUCCGGGACCUGGAGAAACAAUACAACAACGAGGACCCCCAUCUCAGUGAAAUUGGACCAUGUUUCCUUGAACACCAAGAUGGCUUCUGGAUCUAUUCCGAGUACUGUAACAAUCAUUUGGAUGCGUGCAUGGAGCUUUCCAAGCUGAUGAAAGAUAGCAGGUACCAGCACUUCUUCGAAGCCUGUCGUCUGUUGCAGCAGAUGAUCGAUAUUGCCAUAGACGGUUUCCUUCUGACGCCGGUGCAGAAGAUCUGCAAAUACCCCCUGCAGCUCGCGGAGCUGCUGAAGUACACGGCGCAGGAUCACAGUGACUACAGGUAUGUGGCUGCUGCUCUCGCCGUCAUGAGGAACGUGACUCUACAGAUCAACGAGCGGAAGCGGAGGUUGGAGAACAUUGACAAGAUAGCUCAGUGGCAGGCCUCCGUUCUGGACUGGGAGGGAGACGAUAUCUUGGACCGCAGCUCAGAGUUGAUCUACACGGGAGAGAUGUCCUGGAUUUACCAGCCUUAUGGACGGAACCAGCAGCGUGUUUUCUUUCUCUUUGAUCACCAGAUGGUUCUCUGCAAGAAGGAUCUGAUACGAAGAGAUAUUCUGUAUUACAAAGGUCGCAUAGACAUGGAUAAAUACGAAGUGGUGGACAUAGAAGAUGGGAGAGAUGAUGACUUCAAUGUCAGCAUGAAGAAUGCCUUCAAACUUCAUAACAAGGAGACUGAGGAAAUGCACUUAUUCUUUGCCAAGAAACUGGAGGAGAAGUUACGAUGGCUUAGAGCGUUCAGAGAAGAACGGAAGAUGGUAAAAGAAGAUGAAAAGAUAGGCUUUGAAAUUUCUGAAAAUCAAAAGCGGCAAGCGGCAAUGACAGUAAAGAAAGUCAGUAAGCAAAAAGGUGUGAGCUACUCCAAGUCGGUUCCUCCGGCCUACCCACCACCCCAGGAUCCAUUAAAUCAGGGACAAUACAUGGUGACAGAUGGCAUAUCCCAGUCCCAGGUCUUCGAGUUCACCGAACCCAGACGCAGCCAGGCACCAUUCUGGCAAAACUUCAGCAGGUUAACACCAUUCAAAAAAAAAAACCUAGAGAGAUGGAGAAUUUUAACUUAAAAGAACUAAAAUUUAAAAAUAAAAAUAAAUAAAAUUAUA